GCAGGUUUGCGGACGUGGCGGCGGCGCAAGGCCUGAAAGGCGGAGACGUUGGCGGCGGCGGCGGCGGCGGCGGCGGACGUUGGCAGCAGAGAACGGAGGCUCGGCCAUGAACUGGCCCAGGACGGCGGCGGCGGACCUGCUGGCCGUCUCCUCGCUGCGUCCCCACUGCUAAGGGGACAGAUUUUGACAUUAUGGCAGGGAGACAUCAGAAUCGUAGUUUUCCUCUUCCAGGAGUUCAUUCAAGUGGUCAAGUACAUGCAUUUGGAAAUUGUACAGACAAUGAUAUGUUGGAGGAGGAUGCUGAAGUGUAUGAGCUUCGAUCCAGAGGAAAAGAGAAAAUCCGAAGAAGUACAUCAAGAGAUAGACUUGAUGACAUUAUAGUAUUAACAAAAGAUAUACAGGAAGGAGACACUUUAAAUGCAAUAGCUCUUCAGUACUGUUGUACGGUAGCAGAUAUCAAGAGGGUUAACAAUCUCAUCAGUGAUCAAGACUUUUUUGCUCUUAGGUCUGUCAAAAUUCCAGUAAAAAAGUUUAGUUCAUUGACUGAAACACUUUAUCCUCCAAAAGGAAGACAGGCUUCACGUCCUUCAUCUGUUCAGUACCUUGCAGAACAACAGGAAGUUCUGUCAGCUAAUGAUUCUCUUUCUUCCAGUGAAUCAGCUGGUAGCUUUUUAAAAGAAGUAGACCGAGAUAUAGAACAAAUAGUAAAAUGUACAGACACCAAAAGAGAGAACCUUAAUGAAGUGGUUUCUGCCUUGACAGCACAACAAAUACUUUUUGAACCUGAUAACAAAAACAUUCAACGUAAGGAUCCAUAUUAUGGAGCAGACUGGGGAAUAGGGUGGUGGACAGCUGUAGUGAUAAUGUUGAUAGUAGGCAUAAUAACACCAGUAUUUUAUUUGCUGUAUUAUGAAAUUUUAGCUAAGGUGGAUGUUAGUCACCAUUCAACAGUGGAUUCUUCACAUUUGCAUUCAGGAGUCACACCUCCAUCACAGCAGAGGGAAAUGGAAAAUGGAAUUGCUCCAACUAAAGGAAUACCCUUUGGCCCACAAGAAGACCAUAAACUAUAUAGUCAAAAUUCUCAAUUACCUGCUGCUCAACACAAAACAUAGCAGUUAGUUCACAGUUACAGUGUUAGUGAUAACGUGUGCAUCUGGAAUGUGGUGAAUCGGUUAUGUUCAAUAACCACUUCAGAGGCAGCAUUUAGGGAGACUGAAGAUGCUUUGUUUUUACCUUUUUUUUUUUUUUUUGAGACAUUUACAAAUGAAUUGAGUAUAGAAUCCCGAUAGUUGUUAGUUGUUGAUACUGAAAGCAGUAAAUCUAUAUAUAAACGUGUUACAUCAAUGCUUAAAGCAGAAAUGAAUUUAAAUAUGUGUCUAGGAGGUUCUUGGAAAAUGCAUCAUUUUUCUUAUUCAAGCCUGGUUAUGUUUAAAUUUUAUUUUUAAAGUCAUUAAUUUUGGUUGAGGUCACUAAUAUUAAAUUCAUUAGGCAGAAUAAUGAUAGCAACAGAUGUCAGCAACUGAAGAAAAUUCACUACUAUGAACCAUCAAAAUACUUAGUUGCAAAAAAGUUGUUUGAUUCUAAAAUUAUUGAUGAUAGCCCUUAAUACUCCAUUUUGAAAGUAAAAAAAAAACACGUUUAGUGUAUAUUAUGAAAACAUAAGUAGAACAGAAAUAGGAAAGAAACAUAUAAUGUCUGUAAUAGAGGCUGAGACAUAUUACUUUUAAGCCCCCAGAAUAAUGUGUCACUGUUGGGAAGUUGCCGUUUGGUCACUAGAACACUCACUAUGUUAUGUCAAGACCUAAAAGUAAUCUUUGUCUCUUAAAGAAUGCUGCCUCUCCUUCUGUUUUUUUGUGAUUAAAUUCGCCUCUGAUAUUUGAAAGCACUUUCAUUAUUCUUUGAUUAAAAGUGUUAACAUAGAUUAUCCUUACAUACUGUGAUAAGUUGUUGCCGUGUUACGUGUAGUAACAUGCCUUAAUUACAUUUAAUGCCUUAUAUUACUUUAUGUAAACUAAUAUAAUUUUUAGAAUUAAAGUUAAACAUUAUUUCAAAUGAUCCGAUAGGAUUCAUAAGAUGGGCUGUAUAAAUUUGUCUCCAUGUUCCCUAUGAAGCACAAGUUAAUGGGAUCAAAACAAGUUUUCAUUGUCUGCCUGAGGUCUGUAGCAGAAAAGCAAAGUUAGAGACCUGCGUUAGCAAACAAAUUGUUUUAUUUAUUGAGCCCUUAACCUCUGUUUUUCAGGGAGAAAAUAUUCAACUUAAACAUUUUUUUCCCCUUAACUGGAGCAUCAAAUUGGGAAAAGAGGCCAAAGGUGUAUGGAUUGGUCGAAAGGGCUUGAUAGUGCCACUUUUUAAGAUCUGCUCUGCAUCAGACAGAGUCUG